AUGGCGCAUGCUCUACUGGAUGAUGAAGAAGAGAUAUGUUCUCCACGAGCGAUACAUCACACGAAACGAUACGGAUCUAUCGAUGAGCGUAACGAGGAGCAAGAAGAAAUACUUUUACUAUGGAAGACUGUGGCAGGCCCUAGUCCUAGAUUUGCACGGGGAUACAGCAUACCUAAGAAAAUCAAGAAACUCAUGAUCGAACGUCUUGAGGAAGAAAGGCUGGAUCUUCAGAUCAAAGUGCAGUUAGGCUUUGAGGAGGGGGACGAUAUCAAGGAAUAUGAGAUCAUGAUUAACAACCUCAACGACAUCACUUCAAGUCGAGAAAUUCAACCAAGGCUGUCAAGGUUUCGAAAGUAG